CUUUCAGCGGUCCUACCCGUUUUAUGAUAUGCUUAUCCGUAUUUUUAAUUUCUCUGUGUAAUUCUGCGCCUCUUUUAUCUCAGUUAUGGUGGAGGUUGUCCGUUUGCUUCUCGCCAUCAUAUUGGUGCUAAUGUCUUGCUUUACUGCUGCCUCGUCUUUGCGUAGAGACGUUCUCGAGCUCGGGGACGCGGACUUCGACUACCUGGCAACAGAGCACGAGACCAUGCUGGUGAAGUUCUAUGCUCCAUGGUGUGGUCACUGUAAGAAAUUAGCUCCUGAGUUCGAGAAAGCAGCAACUCGACUGAAAGGAACCGUUCAGUUAGCAAAGGUGGACUGUACGGCUAACUCGGAUACCUGUGGACAAUUUGGGGUCACUGGUUAUCCCACUUUGAAGAUUUUCAGGUAUGGCAAAGACUCUGCCCCAUAUGAUGGACCCCGCACUGCAGAUGGAAUCUAUCAUUACAUGAAGAAGCAGAGUGGUCCAGACUCCGUUCACCUGAAGACUAAAGAAGACCUCGAGAUAUUUGUCAACAACUAUGAUGCAAGCAUUGUUGGUGUGUUCUCAGGUCCUGAGAGUUCUCGUUUGGCUGAGUUUCUGAAAGGUGCGGGUCUGUUGAGAGAACAGUUCAGAUUUGGUCAUAUCACUGAUCUGCAGAUAGCUAAGGAGCACAACAACGACUCUGAGAGUGUGUUGCUGUUCAGACCUCCCAGACUGGCCAGUGCAUUUGAGAACAGCGUUGUUGUCUUCAAAGAUUAUCUGACCAUCAGUUCUUUAAGACGCUUCAUCAGAGAUCAUAUCCACGGUAUGUGUCCUCACAUGACGAUGGAGAACAGAGAUCGUCUGAGAGUUCGUGACCUGCUGACAGCAUACUAUGACUUGGAUUAUCAUCACAACAUCCGUGGGUCCAACUACUGGAGAAACAGGGUGAUGAAAGUAGCAUCUAAAUACACUGGGCGGGGUUUAAUGUUCUCAGUAGCCAAUAAGAAGGACUUCCUGGCUGAGUUGGAGGAUGACUUUGGUCUGGGAACUUCCGAUGGAGGAGAGCUGCCUUUUGUCACAAUUCGUACCAAGUUGGGCUACAAGUACAUCAUGAGGGAGGAGUUCACGAGGGACGGGCAGUCACUGGAGAGGUUUCUGGAAGAUUAUUUUGCAGGUCGCCUUAAGCGUUACAUCAAAUCAGAGCCCAUACCUGAGAAGAACUCUGCUUCUGUCAAGGUGAUUGUUGCUGAGUCAUUCGAUGAUAUUGUUAAUGAUCCAGAUAAAGACGUUUUGAUUCAGUUUUACUCUCCAUCCUGCCCACACUGCAAGAAACUGGAGCCUGUCUACAGAGAGUUGGCUGACACGUUGUAUUCUGAUCCAAACAUCGUGAUCGCUAAGAUGAACUCCAUCGAUAAUGACAUUCCAUUGGGCUACGAUGUCCAAGGAUAUCCAACCAUUUACUUUGCUCCAGUGGGUAAAAAAGUUGACCCCAUACGAUAUCAGGGUGCUCGAGAGCUUAAGGACUUCCUGAAGUUCCUGAAACGUGAAGCAAGUCACAAACUAGUGUUUAGUGGGAAUAGGGAUGAACUAUGAAACACAGUCACCAAACAAUCAAAACUGAUGUCUGAAUAUUAAACCAACUGGUCUCUGUGACAACAACCAAUAUAUAAAGGGACAAGAGGAUUUCUGCUCCUGCUGAAAAACUUGGAUUUUAACCAGAGACAGCAAGUCAGGACAUGUGUUGACAUCAACCAGCUCAUGUCCUGCAAAAUAAAUUGAGUCCAAUCAGAUUCCUCUGUUAUCCCCAAAAUACCUGCCCAUCGUGUCAUGCUGCCUCACUGGAUUUAUUUAUUUAUUUAUUUAUUUGUAAAGCCAUCUCAUAUGAACUGUUUUUAUUUAUUUGUAUUUCAUGCAAAACUCAGUGAUGCUCUUAUUAUUUAUCUGUGGAAUUUAUAUCUGGUGCUUCUUUGUAUUUAUUUCAACUUUAGCAGACUCUUGUGUUUUGUGACAAACUGGUGGCUGUUACUUAUGCAGAAAUCUAUUCUGAGCCUUUUUAUUGUCAGAGUAAUGCUGCUGGGAUUAUUUAAUAAAACACUUAACUGUCA